UGGCCGCCGCGGUGUUGGUGGUGACUGAUUAGACGGCGCUAUCUGUGAUUUCAGAUUUGUGUAAACAAUAAUAAUAUGAGUAUUGAGCAUAGAUAACAGAUUUCUGAUUUAUUAACUUACCGUUUAAUGUUAAUUAUUAUUAUUACUCUAUGGUGUUAACUGUUAAGGUAAUAAAGUGUUAACUGCUUCUGCACAUUGAAGUGCUUUAAUUGUUCGAGAAGUGCCUCAGUGGAAAUUCGUUAUUUCGUAGAACGUUUAGUCUCAGAAAUGCAGAAUAGGUGUUGUUGACACGUUACACAUAAUUUCAAAUACCGACUGUAGACUACUUGAGCGAUGCGAAUCGUUAUUGAACGAAAAACCACAUUCAGUUUUCUACCGAGUAUUCCACGAUGUCAAUUUGCAACGUGACCACCAUUGUACUUUAACUAAAAAUAUUUCCUCAAUUUAUAAUAUUAGACAUAUUCAUAAUACCUACAAAAUGACUAGUUAACGUUUACUCGAUUUCUUCUGUCAUUCACCAUGGUUUUUACCAAUAUAAGAAUACUGAAGGUAUUCUCGUCAUAUAAGUUUCGCUGGUGUAUUGCAUUUAUUGUUGUAUUCAGUUUUUGGCAAAUAUUCAAAGCCAUAACGAAUAGUAAUAAACAGAAACUAAUUCAUUCUUCACAUGUUCUAACCAAUGACAACUCUUUAAUGGAAAAUAGUGUAAAAGAUAUGACAUAUCUUCCAGUUGGUGUAUACUAUGAAGCAUUAUGCCCAGAUUCAAGAAAUUUUAUACUUCAGCAUUUAGUUCCAUCUUUUAAUAAAGCACCAAACAGUUUUAGUAUUGAAUUUGUUCCUUAUGGGAAAGCCAAGACACAUGAAAACUCUGAUGGUUCGAUCACAUUUGCUUGUCAACACGGCCCAGUAGAAUGCCAUGCAAAUAAAAUUCAUUCGUGUGCUACUCAACAUGUAAAAGAUCAAAGUGUUUUGGUCAAAUAUAUAUCAUGCAUGAUUGAUAAUAAUUAUGAACCAGAAAUGAUUGGAAUGCUUUGUGCCAAAAAACACAAUGUCAAUUGGAAUAAAAUUUAUGCUUGUUCAGAAGGAAAAGAAGGUGAACUAUUAUUAAAACUAAAUGGUGAAGCAACAGAUAAGCUGUGGCCUCAAGUUUCAUUUAUCCCAACAAUUUUAAUCAACCAUGAACAACCUAGACAAGCUUCUGUCUUAAAAGAUUUUUGGGGUGUUGUUUGCAGUUAUUUCCCUCCUGAUUCAAAACCUGCUGCUUGUUAAAUAUUGAUAACCACCAUUUUUUUCUAUUGACAAUUAAGGUAAACAAUAUUUUAUUAUAAGUUAUUAACUUAUUUUAAAAAAAACCUUGUGAUAUUUGAACUAAACUUUAUACUUUUUUAUUGUUAAUUUUUAUUUGAAUUCUAAUAUUUGUUUGUUGUGGCCAUAAUGGAUAUAUUAUAUGAUAUAAACUAAGUAUACUAUACAAAUAAAUAAUAGUACAUUAUUUAUACUUAACAUGAUAAUUAUGAUGUGCUUAAACUUUUUCAUUGAGUAUUAUAUUAUUAUAAAAUAUAUUUUAUUUGCUAUUCAAA